AAAAGCUUUUAAAUUGACAUUUUAGCAUGAAAUCUCUUUCUACACUUUUGCGAGCGCUGCAAAAGUCUUCCUAUCUUGAAUCAUCUACAAAUGCUCAGAACAGUGUAAUAAAUUUUAAUCUUCUAAAUAACGGAGAACGUUUUAAAACUCAAUUAAUUGAAAAUUGGCGAAAAACAAAAAAUAUUAGAAUACCAAAUGAGUAUUAUGUGGAAAACGAAUUGUACACAUACGACGACAGUCGUACAAGUUUUAUUAAUAGUGACGAAUUUCGUGAUAACAUUAAACAUAUACGUACAAAUACGCUAACAAGAUGUCCUGCUAUUAUUAAAUCAAAACGCACUAUUAGCAUAAACAGUACUAAUGUUGAAAAAACAAACACCGAUAUACUUCUUGUUUCGAACCGCUUAGGUUCUACCCAAAUUAUAUUUGAUUACUUUUUUAAUUGUGAAACUGGUUUAGAAAAUUUUUAUAACAUAGAGCGCGAACGCAAAAUUUGGUGGAUGCGAAAUUCGGCUAAUCCAAGCCGAUAUUUUUUAGAAUCAUAUGAUUUAAAUAGUACAAGUAAUAGUAUCGACGGUAUUGCAAAAAGUCAAUCAACUACUGUUAAAACUAGAUUCUCUUUUGGGAAUGCUAGUUUGGAGACUAUAACACUAGUGCCAUUAUCUGAAGUACCACUUAAACACGCUAACGAUUUUUAUUUCAAAUCUCAACAUGCUGGCCACAAAAUUUUGCCCGCAGUUGUUCGUUCGGUAAUAAAUGUAGAGACAGCAACAGCUGUUCUGCUUUUGGAUGGGUGUGACAAUGAGCGAAUUAACACACUUCUACUUAAUAGAAAACUUGUGCCUUAUCAGUGUAUUAUAGCUUGUUUACAUAAUGUUGACAUUGCAAAUGAUUUGCGUGAUUUGUGCAGACAUCUAAAACAUGUGUUGGAGCGAGUUGGAUUAAGACUUUCAGAUAACGUUAUUCUUACGAACUGUACUGAAAAAUUCAACAACGAAAUACAAAAUGCUGACAGUUUGGGUAUACCAUAUGCAAUCCUUAUAAAUGAAAAUAGUUUAAAUACGGGUCUAUUGAAAAUUCGUAGUCGAGACACUACUUUAAAUGAAACCAUUCAUAUAUCUGAGAUAGCGCAAUACUUACUACAAAUAGUUCGAUCAUGAUUUCAUUUUAAGAAGACAAUACAUUGUUCUCCAUAUAGUUUAUAUACUUAUACAUUUGCUAUGUAUUAGUUAUCAAUAAAAGUAGAAAGAUGAUAUAAAGGUUAAA